AUGCACUCGUCAAGUUCACGAUUUCAACCAAUUAAUAAUAAUUCUCAACCGAGAUCAUUUAUUCGUAUGUCAGACCGUAUAGAACCACGUUCUGAUAAUACUACAUUGGUUCGUUCAAAUAAUAAUGAAAUUCGUCGUCCUAUGGUUUUUAUAAUUUAUUAUUCUAUGUAUGGUCAUGUAGCUCAAUUAGCAACAAACAUUCGAGCUGGUCUUGAACGUACUGGUUGUAAUUGUCGUAUUUUUCAAGUUGCUGAAACAUUAUCUAAUGAAAUUCUUACAAAAAUGCAUGCUCCACCUAAAAAUAAUACUAUACCAAUAAUAACAGCAGAUCAGUUAUCUGAAGCUGAUGGAUUUUUAUUCGGUAUGCCCACUCGUUUUGGUACACUACCAACUCAAAUAAAAACUUUAUUUGAUGCUUGUGGAGCACAUUGGCUUUCCGAUGCAUUGUUUGGCAAACCAGCUGGAGUUUUUUUUUCAACAUCAACACUUGGUGGUGGUCAAGAAACAACUGCACUUUCAUGUGUACCAUUUUUUACACAUUUAGGAAUGUUGUUUGUUCCACUUGGUUAUAAAAAUAAAUCAUUAAUGAAUCUUGAUGAAAUUCAUGGUGGAUCACCUUAUGGUGCUGGAACAUUAGCUGGAACAAAAGGAGAACGACAACCAUCUCAACUUGAACUUCAACUUGCACAAACACAAGGAAAUGAAUUUGGCAAACUUGUUCUAAAAUUAACUUCAGUAUCGGCUUUUAUAUAA